AUGUCUCAUGAACAGGAUGGAUUUGACUGCAACAAGUGCGAGAAACCGAACUCGUUCGAAAACAUGGUGAUGUGCGACACAUGCCUGGAUUGGUAUCAUCUGGGCUGCGCUGGUGUUACACCCGGAAUAGAGCACAGACCGUGGCACUGCGAAAAAUGUACGCCUCCUGUCCCUCCUUCGAUCGGAACAAGUCUGGACAAGGAUAAAAGAAAUAAGAAGUUACCAGCGAAGGAUGCUGCUGGUUCAAUCAACCCGGAGAACAGUCGUAAGAAAGACGGCGAUAGACGGCCUCAAGGCUGGACAAUCUAUGGGCCUUCGGGCAUGAACCCCGAUGCACGCCCAUUCUUCGGGAUCCACGGGCACAAGACUAUCGCUGAACGGGAGCUGAACGAGAUGAUUAGACAACAGUUUGUUCUAGAGGACACCGGAAUCAGUCCUUCUCCAUUGCCAGAAUCUGCAGAAAUCACUCGGGCUAGGGAGAUUCUGGAGCGAACAACAGUUCGUGAAGAUGGGCGAUUCGUCACUGGAUUACUGUGGAGAAACGACGAAAUAUGCUUUCCGGAUAGCCUACCUAUGGCGAUCAAAAGACUGAGAAAUCUUGAAUCGAAGUUAGCAAAAAAUCCAGAUUUAUGCGACAACGUACAUCGGCAAAUCCAAGAGUACAUCGAGAGAGGCUACGCUCACAAAGCGAAACGAGAUGAACUUCAGGAGGCCAACCCUGAUCGAGUGUGGUACUUGCCACUCAACAUAGUGACACAUCCUAAAAAGCCAGAAAAAAUACGACUUGUGUGGGACGCAGCCGCAAAAGUGAACGGAGUGUCACUAAACUCCCAGCUGUUGAAGGGACCCGACUUGCUGGUUCAAUUGCCGGGAGUUAUCUGUAAAUUUCGUGAAAGACGCGUCGGCUUCGGAGGAGAUAUCGAAAAGAUGUUUCACCAGAUUCGUAUCAAACCAGAAGACACCCAUUCGCAACGGUUCCUUUUCCGUUUCAAUACAAGCCAGCAGCCCGAUGUCUACAUCAUGGACGUUGCUACAUUUGGAGCCACUUGCUCUCCAUGCGCUGCACAAUUCGUUAUGCACAGAAACGCGGAAGAAAGCGCGAUUGAAUUUCCGGAAGCAGCACUGGCCAUCAAAGAGAAAACGUACAUGGACGAUUAUUUCGACAGUGCUGAUACUCCGGAAGAAGCGUCGGAACGUGCCUUGCAAGUAAAACUGAUUCACUCGAGAGGCGGAUUCAAUAUGCGAAAUUGGGUAAGCAACAGCAUCCACGUUCUACAAAGCUUAGGAGUAGCGUCGGAGCAACGACUGCUCUCGAUUGACUGCAGUAAAGAAGAAAAACGACAACGUGUUCUCGGCAUAGCCUGGGACCCUGAAAAGGAUGUCUUCGUAUUUUCAACGAGCUGGCAUAGUGAUUUGACUCCGUACGUGUUCGAAGAUCGGCGACCAACCAAGCGGAUUGCUUUGCGCAUCAUAAUGAGCCUCUUCGACCCGUUAGGACUGCUGGCACCGUUUUUGAUCCACGGUAGAAUGCUGAUACAGGAUCUUUGGCGACUUGGCUUGGAUUGGGAUGCUAACGUAGGCGAUAAAGAGCAUGAGAAGUGGCGGCGAUGGAUCAGUCUACUUCCGAGUAUCACUGAGCUAGAAAUCCCAAGGCACUACUUUGGAUCUGCCAAUCCCAGCUCAUACGGGUCAUUACAAUUGCAUGUCUUUACCGAUGCCAGUGAAAUGGGCUACGGAUGUGCGGCUUACUUUCGGCUCGUGUGCGACGGACAAGUACAAUGUUCACUGAUUAUGGCUCGAAGCAAAGUAGCCCCUCUCAAGUACCAGUCCAUUCCGCGAAUGGAACUCCAAGCGGCGCUUUUGGGAGCACGAAUGCUACAUACUGUGAGCGACAACCACUCAUUGCCAAUCGCGCAUAAGUACAUCCACACGGAUUCGGAGUUCGGCGUUAUUCGAGUGGAAGGCCGUACAGUCAACGCGAGUUAUGCAACGUUUGACGCCCGCUUUCCAAUAAUACUACCCAAGGACCACACAAUUACAACGCUGUUGUUGAGCGACUACCAUCGUCAAUACGGUCAUGCGAACCGUGAGACGGUGGUUAAUGAGGUACGGCAACGAUUCUACAUCUUCAAUCUACGGUCGGCGAUCGACAAAGUGAUGCGAAGCUGCCAGCGAUGCAAAUUGACUAAGUGUCAACCGCAAGUACCUCGAAUGGCACCCCUUCCCGAAGAGCGUCUAACGCCAUUUAUCAGGCCAUUCAGUUACGUCGGUGUAGAUUACCUGGGCCCUCUGGAGACAUUCGUAGGACGUCGACGGGAAAAACGAUACGUGGCUGUUUUCACAUGUCUGGUAACGCGUGCCAUUCAUUUGGAAGUCGCUCACAACUUGUCCACAGAUUCCUGCAUAAUGGCCGUAAGAAGAUUUGUCCGUAGGCGUGGACCGCCAGUUGAGAUAUUUUCAGACAACGGCACUAACUUCGUGGGUGCGAGUAAUGAGUUAGCCAAGCAGAUAAAACAUAUCAAUAGUGAGUGUGCCGAAACCUUUACCGAUGCGCGCACCAAAUGGACAUUCAACCCACCGUCCGCACCACAUAUGGGCGGCGUGUGGGAGCGAAUGGUUAGGAGUGUCAAGGAGGCGAUUCGAGCACUUGACGAUGGACGCAAAUUAAACGACGAGAUUUUACUGACGGUGUUGGCUGAAGCGGAAGGGUUCAUAAAUUCCAGACCUUUUACGUACAUGCCUCAGGGGUCAGCGGAUGGGGAAGCAAUCACACCGAAUCACUUCCUCUUGGGGAGAUCGUCUGGAAUGCAAGACCCAUUGAGAACACCGGUGGACUUGGCGUCAGCGUUAAGAAGCAGCUACCAAAGGUCACAAUUCCUGUCUGAUGCAGUUUGGCAACGAUGGCUGAAGGAAUACUUCCCUACCUUGAACAAACGGUCCAAGUGGUUCACCGAUGGUAAGCCGGUGCAGGUUGGUGAUUUGGUCUACGUUGCCGAAGGAAGUCGAAGAACUUGGGUGCGUGGCCAAGUGAUGCAGGUGAUCGUGGGGAGUGACGGAAGAGUUCGACAAGCAAUCAUAAGAACGGCGGGAGGCAAGGAGCUGAAGCGACCGGUCGUCAAGCUAGCAGUGAUGGAGGUUGCUGGAAGUGAAUCCUUCACAGACCCCAAAGGUCCUCACCAGGAUCCACGGGGUGGGGGAUGUUCUGGCACCACUGCUAAGCUUCGCCAGGAUAAUGACAACCCGAAGAAUGACAGACAAAGCGGUCUGUCAGAAACGUCAUGA